AUGAAUUCCCAAUCGCGUUUCAUCUAUGUAUCCAACAUACCGACAGCUUACCAUGCAUGUCACUUGCGCAAUUUCUACUCACAGUAUAUCGAGGGAUCGGCAUUCGUCUGCUUUCACUUCCGGCAUCGACCGCAGGUGACAUUUCACGCAACAGACUCAUCUAUUCAAAGCUCUUCACGCCACUGUGCUUUGUUAUCUAUUAAACUAGAGCUAUGCGAUCGAUUUCUUCACCCUGAGGAUGAAUUGCCGUUGAGUGAUCAGUGUAUCCUCACUCCAAUUGAAUUCACAGUGCAGUCGGACCAGGAUGCGUAUUCUUACGCACUCACAUCAGCUCUACUUCAGCUCAUUGAAUUCAAUCCUCCUGCUGAAAUGCCACAGGGAAAUGUGGGCACUCCAUCGUCAUACUUUUUCAGUCAAAUUCAGUUGUGUCGGUUGUGUCCAACAAUAAUAAAGAAACUCCAUCUAAACUUCUCAAAUGAUGGACGACAGCGCAAGUACGGCGCCGUUCCCUAUUCGUACGAACCUCAGGAUUCAUCUACAGUGCACUGUUCUGAUGAUAUUCCGGCUUUCAUCGGAGAUGUUCGUUCGCAUAAUGGCGUGCCAAUUCUUGAUACAGAAGGUAAAAUCGCUGAUCGCUUCUCUGCACUGCAGCAUUUAGUAUUGUUUUUAUACCUUUCUGUCAACACUGCAAUAAUA